UUUUAUGUUUGCAUCAAAACUACCAACUGUCUUUGAGUUAGUUAUUUUUUCUUUCUUCAUUCUCCAACCACUGCAGCACCUACUUCAUGCUAUCAUUCUUAUGGCCCUUCAAGCUUUUUAUGGCUCUGCAUGCUGUUUCCGUUCCCACCUUCUUCACUCUUCUUCUUCCACCACUGCAUCUCCACCAUUUCUUGCUGCAAGGAGGUUCCAAUCAUGCUCUUCAAGAAAAUCUCUCAAAUUGAAUUGUAGCUCAAGUGCCAAUAAUGAUGACCAAGAUUAUCUUCUGGAUGCUCCAGUUUCUGUUGGAGAUGGAUUCUCUUUCAGUGGAGGAAAGUAUUCAGAAGGGCCAAGUCCAAGUGAUGAAUGGUUUAAGCAAGGGAAAAUGGUUAAAGCCUAUUCAAUUCCUGGCGCUGGUGAAAAGGCAAAAGAUCCAAUUUUUGGACUUGCCAUGGGUGCUGGUUCUCAAGCUACUGGCGAUCGGUUUAGAUGGUUUUGUGUUGAAAGUGGGAGUGCUGAUAAUCCACCAGUGAUACUAAUCCAUGGUUUUCCUUCACAGGCAUAUUCUUAUCGCAAAGUUCUUCCGGUACUCUCCAAGGACUAUCAUGCCAUAGCCUUUGACUGGCUAGGAUUCGGGUUUUCUGAUAAGCCCCAACCCAGAUAUGGGUUUGACUACACUCUAGAUGAAUAUGUGUCAUCAUUGGAGUCACUUAUUGAUGAACUAGCUGCUACUAAAGUCUCACUUGUUGUCCAGGGAUAUUUUUCGCCAGUUGUAGUUAAGUAUGCUAGCAUCCACCAGGACAAGCUCAGCAACUUAAUACUCCUUAAUCCACCUCUAACAGCUAAACAUGCAAAGCUCCCAUCAACAUUGUCCAUUUUCAGCAACUUUCUGCUAGGUGAAAUAUUUUCACAGGAUCCAUUAAGGGCCAGUGACAAAGCUCUAACAAGCUGUGGUCCCUAUAAAAUGAAAGAAGAAGAUGCAAUGGUCUAUAGACGUCCCUAUCUUACAUCUGGUUCUUCAGGCUUUGCACUAAAUGCAAUUAGCAGGAACAUGUCCAAAGACCUCAAGAGAUAUGUUGAGGAUAUGCAUAGAAUACUGAAGGACAAAGAUUGGAAAGUUCGAACCACAAUAUGUUGGGGCCAAAGAGACCGUUGGUUGAGCUAUGAUGGAGUGGAGGAUUUCAGCAAGGAUUCCAACCACAAACUCAUUGAAGUUCCUACGGCUGGUCAUCAUGUGCAGGAAGAUUGUGGUGAAGAAGUUGGACAACUUAUUUGCAGGAUAAUAAGUAGAAGAACCUAGACAUGAGGAUAUUUUCCCUUUGUUCCAACAUGCUCAAAGUUUUUGUUACAUUUUUCCUUAUCUUUUUUCUUGUUCUCUGUCAUUUUUUACAAAUCUUGGUUUAUUGCCAAUGUUGCUUUGCAGAGAGAGGCAUUUUUAAAGGUAAAAUAAAAAAUAUAUUGAUGAUGUAUAUCUCCUUCUAAGCUCUAUCUCUUGGUACAGUGAAAACUAAAGCUUUCAUUUGUAGAAUCAUAGUAAUUUGUUGUCUCUUUAAUACAAAGUACAGCUUUAAAGCCAUGUUUUUUA